AUGUCUAUGCUUGUGAGCAGUGAGGUAGACCUCGGACUUCAAGGCGACUACCCCGCUGUCAAAAAUGAAGCUAUUGGAGAGUUGGUCAAUGAUGUAUAUUAA